GGCAACAAUUGUGGGAAGAAGGAACUAAAGGUCGUCAUUUAUUUCAUAUACAAAAGAAUGUAAGGAAUAUGGAAAUAAUAGGAGAACAUCGAAAAGAGCAAGUAGUAAUGAAAAGAUUGUGCCUUGGACAUACUGGAUUAAAUAAAACUUUACAUUUGAUUGGUAAACAUCCAACAGGUAGAUGUGAGUGUGGUAUGGAUAUGGAAACAGUAGAACAUGUAAUAAUUAAUUGUGGAAAAUAUACAGCAAGUAGAGAGAAGCUAAAACAAUAAAUUAGGAAAUAUGAUAUAGAGACAUUUAAACUUAAUAAGAUAUUAAUUAAACACAAAAUAAAUAAAGCGGUUAUUACAUUUUUGAAGGUAACAGGAUUAUAUGUAAGAAUUUAGAUUGGGGGAGAUGCUGUCGUACACACUCCAGCCAGUAGAUGGCGGUAAUACAUAUUAACGUUAGAUGUCACCCGCCACUAAAAAUCACAACGAAGAAGAAGAAGAAACUUUCCGCUUCCGAGUCUGCUUGGUAAAGGUAAGACGUGUUUGUGUUCUGUCCAUAAAAUAUACUAUUUCAAUAUUUAAUUUAAUUACUAUAUUAUUAGAACUGCUUACAGUUGCUAAAUGUUACGUGUUCUUUAAGAAAUGUGAUCGAUUUUAAAAGUUUGACUGCUGUGGGAUAUUUUGUUGUGGCUCUGAUAGCGUAGCUGCUAGCUUGAUGGAAUAUUUUUUCCACGACAAAACCGGAACCACAAUUUGUUCACAUGUUAGCAAUUUGCUAACUGGCUUUCGUGAAAGCUGUUAGGCUAUAAAAUCUCUGUUAACAUCAAGCUGAUCAGCUGAAAUAAGGCAAUUUUGUUUUACCUCAACCUAGAGCUAUUGUGACUUGCAAAAAUGGCCACAAAUAACCGGAACUAGCAUAUUAAGCUACUUCACUGCCUCAGUUGCUUCGGAUACAGAUGCUCUCAGCUGCCGUCUUGUGCCGACAGUGAAAAACAGCAGAACUACAUAAUAUUAGCUUGGUAUGAUGUAAAUUAUAUUUUUUGUUUGAAUUACAUAAAAUAACUUCAUGAUCUGAGUUUUUAUCAUUAUGUUUGGCCUAUCAAUAAUUUCAAAUAAUAAAACAUAAAAUAUCUGGGUUUAUUUUGUUCAUCCGAACCAGAACCUCCAGGUUCUCCGUUGUUGAGUUUUACUAAAAAUCAGCGGAGAAAUAUCUGUAGCGCAGCAGCUGCGGUACAGUCUCCCCACUAGAGUAGAACUGAACCGAACCAAACAUGAACGUAUUUCAUCGCCUAACGAAAGACAAGGAAGCAAAAAGAUUUUGGCUAAAAAAAUCUAAACUUGAAAAGAGAACACAAAAUGCUUUAUGUGUACUAGUGUGAUUGUAUGGACAAAAAGCCACCUGAAGAAAACCCGCAGCCGCAGAAACUGAGUCAGUGAAGUAGCUAACUAUGCUAGCUCAGGUCAUUUGCGGCCAUUUCUUCAAGUUGCCAUCCCUCCCCCAAUAACUGUGGUGUGUGGUAAAACAGUAUUGCCACGUUUAAGCUGUGAUAGCUCCCACAUAUUUUGUAGUGUAACACUAAUAGUUCCCACAUAUUUUGUAGUGUAACACUCUGAAGAAAGCCGGUUAGCCAGUUGUUAACAUGUAAACACAUGUGCGUGGAAGUAACGCCUAUAAAUCACACAAAGCAUCAUGGCAGCUAGAAAUUUGCUGGAAAGAAGAUAAAUGUUUUAGACCCACAGGAAGCUAAUUAAGUGCUGCAGUGUUUUUAAGUCUCAUAAUUUUGUUCGUAUCUUCACAUGUAACAUCUCUGUUUUUUUAAAGUAUAUUUUUAACCAAGUUGUAAAGUGUACUUAUGUUUGCACCAGUUGUGAAAAAUAUAUUGGCCUUGUUUAGAAACCUUAGAACAGUUUUAACUUUAUUCUUGUAUUUAAGAAAAAAAAAAUUAACCUAUUUUUAAAAUAUAUAUAUAUUUUUACGGUCCUUUUUUAAUUGAAAUUUAUUUUGCUUGUAUUUACAGCUUCUCUCUUCUGCGAGACUUUGUGAUUUGGAAGUUUUCCACUGCUGCCUGCUACGAAUCUCACCUCUGCAUCACGACACCAUCUUAUUAAUUCACUUAUACUGAUACCUCUUAAUCCUACAGAGAUAUAUUUUAUCUAGAUAUUAAGAAAAGCACAUAGUAACAUUGAGUUAAAAGCAUUCACAAACACAUAUAAUAUUGUUUGAAUAACCAGCUUUCCCCCCCAGGUGUCUUCUUUUUUUAUUCUGCUGUUACAGGAUGCCACGUAGAGGACGACGCUCCGAGGCGGCUAAGGCGAGAUGGAGGAAGCUGGAGAGUGUGCCGGUCGACGCAAAGCCUGGGACACCACCGCUCACAACCAGCGCUUGGAACCCGACUCGGUCUCCGCCAAAGAAGAUGUCCCGACUGCUGGAGGGUGGCCUGCCCGACCAGAUGUCGCCUCCCGUGGUGCGUCAGGAGGAGCCCCGCGUGCGACCGGCCUCCCCUGGGUCACGCCGUGGGACGGGGCGUCGCCAUCGGGUGGAGACGUGGCCAGCCUCCCGGGUGACCAGACGGAGCUGCAAGUUGGUUCUGCCUACUGCCGGGGCUCUGGAGAAGAAGUUUGCUCUUUUGGUUGGUGAUUCCCAUCUGCGUGCUAUUGUGGAUGGGUAUUCUACCAUGCCAAAGGGCGACUUCUCCUUAGGGGUGCUUGCAUCCCCCGGUGCCUCUGCGGAAGAGUUGAAGCUUGAGGUGCUGGAUGCAGUUCUGCCUCGGCCCCCCGAGGUGAUCUGUCUUCUGGCCCCAAGUAACAACUUAACCGCCAGCAGGACCUUCGUGGAGGCCGGAGCGGCGUUUGACGCUUUGUUGAGUACCAUCUGCAACCUCUCUGCUAAUGUGGUCGUUGUGGACUUUCCACCACGCCUUUGCGUGGAGGAAAGUGUGCAACAGCUGCUGCGGCAGGAGUUUCAACGUGUGGCUGCUCAGAGAAGUAUUCGGUACUUGCCUGUCACUGAACACUUCCCGUUGAGCAGCCUGGCCUUGUGGAGCAGGGAUGGCGUUCACCUGAGCGACCAUCCUGGGAUGGAGGUCCUUGCUCAGUUGCUUGAGGCGGCGAUCUGCUCGCAACUUGAGUUAAGUGCAUCGAAAUCUCCUGCUCCUGUGAUGUUGGCUGAUCCCCCUCCUGGGACGGCUUCCAUAACCGCGGUGAGACGUUGCCUGCCCCGGCUGGUUGUGGUUGGCGAGGUGGCUGCUCCGCGUCGUUCGGAGCCCUUCGCCUGGACUGUGGUUGGUGGUGGUCGGAAGGCUUCUGCGCUGGAACCCGGGAUCAGCGGUCCACCUGUCCUGUUGGUAAGUGCUACACAUUCCCAGGCCGACAAGAGGUAUGCUGCAUUUUCCCGUAAUCACCAGUGCACAUGCAUGGCACUAACAUUUUUAGCUUACCACAAUGAGGGGUUGCAGUUUGACACAGUGAUGCUUGACAGAGUGAUUGAAAAAGGAGACCAACUUUAUGCCGGCGUUAAACAGCACCUGAUCAGUGAUGGAACAUUUUGUGACAAUCACUUGACGUUUGAACAGAUGCCUGACCAUGUACAGACCGAUAGGAACAUCUAUGCAGUACACACAAGUGGUUUAAGGGUAGGUCCUGUUUUUGCUCGUAGCGAGAGCCCUCAAGCAUCUCGACAAUUGGGUUUGCCUCUUGCCCUGCAACUGGAAUGUCUGUCGGAAAAUGUCACCCAUGCUUUCCUUUUGGUGACUCCAGAGUGCAUUGCAGUUUUCAGGGACAGAAGCGGUCGGUUUGGAUUUUUUGAUUCCCACUCAAGAAAUUCAGCAGGCCUGCCCCACCCCAGUGGAACUGCAGUAAUGAUGACUUUCUGCAACCUGUCUGACAUGGUCAGCCAUCUACUGAAGCUCUUUCGAAAUCGCGGCCCCAAUGCCACCUAUGAGUUUGUGCCAGUAGGUUUUGACAGGGAAGAUGAAGAUCAUCCUCAGAACUUGACUUUUCAGAACAUUUCACCUGUAGCCACACAGGUAAGUCCAACUGCUUUGAAAUCAGAGAGUCCGUCUGAUGAGGAAAUGCCUCCUUGGCUUAGGGACGUUGCAAACGUAUUAGUGGAGACAGCUCCAACCGUUACAAAUUUGUCAAAAGUGCCAAAAGCCAAUAGAAGAAAAAUUAAAAACAGGAUCAAAACACAACAGAGACAGAAUGUAGGAAGUAAAAUGAAACAAAGUUCAUCUGAAAAAGAAAGAUAUCUGACAUCUCCAACAUUUAGGACCAAAAAGCUACAGGCCUUAAAAGAAAAAUACAUUCUUCAUCAAGUAGAGAGGAAGGAUCAGUUAAAUAAUAGAUAUAGAACAGAUGCAUCUUUCCGGAAGAGACGAAUAAAUUACAUUAAGGACAGAUUCAAUUUUGUCCGUAGCUUCAGAGACAGUCAUAAAGCCAAGAUGGCUGAGUAUAUGAGGAAACGAUUCAGAGAUGAUCCAGUGUUCAGAAGCAGACACAAAAAAACAAUGCGUGAAUAUAUGAAGGCGAAGUAUCAUAGUGAGCCUGCUUAUCGAGCAAAACAUAAAAAAAAAGAGGCAGACUAUCAAGAGAAGCAUGUUCCAAAAAUUUGCAGCCUCCUGACAUAGCACAGGAAGUAUUGUCAUAUGGAGAAGGGAUUUUCAGCAUUGCGCCGGCUCAGGGGAACAAGCCAAUCUCCUUCUUCAGUGUUCCAAGACUUGAAGCAAAUGCUUAUCCCGUACAUUUCCCAACUGGAAUAAACACAUUAGAUGAAGCCCGCCGUGUUGCACUUUCACCGAGUAUGUAUUUCAAUGUACGACUUUUCUCAAUAGAUACUCGGUUUGCCAAAGACCAGAGUUACCUUUUCUUUGCUCAGUUUGCUACGGAAACUCAUAUUGCCAAUAAUAGUAUGUCCAUUCAGAGAAGAAAAGGGAAACCAAGCACCAAAGAUGGGAAAAAUAUUUCCAGCAAAGUGCUGCAGGAUAAAGAGGAGUUGGAAAAACUUUUGUUAAGCUUCAUUUCAAAGGGCCAACCUAAUCCCAUGUAUAACAGUCAUUGGAUAAAAUCAGUUAU